AUGUCAAACCUUACAAAGCUUGAAUUUACGGCACUUGAUGUAUAUGGAAAAAAUUAUCUGUCAUGGAUACUAGAUGCAAAAAUACAUCUGCAAGCCUCUGGUCAUGAGGACACUAUUAAAGAGGGAAAUAAUGCCUCUACUCAAGAUCGUGCAAAAGCAAUGAUCUUCCUUCGCCAUCAUCUUGAUGAAGGAUUAAAAAAUGAAUAUCUCAGUGAAGAUAAUCCACUUGUUCUCUGGAAUAGUUUAAAAGAACGCUUCGACCAUCAGAAGACUGUAAUUCUUCCAAAAGCUCGUUAUGACUGGAUGCAUUUAAGAUUGCAGGAUUUUAAAAGUCAGCAGUAUUGUGAGAAAGGGUUUAAGAAAUAUUCAGAGCUGAUUUCUUGCCUUCUAGUGGCUGAGCAGAAUAACGAGCUGUUAAUGAAAAAUCAUGCGGCACGACCCACUGGUUCUGCUCCAUUUCCUGAAGUAAAUGCGAGUGCAUAUAGAUCUCCUCGUGGUCGUGGUCGUGGCCGUGGUCGUGGUCGUGGUCAUGGUUACGGUCGAGGUGGAAAUAAUUACAACCAUGUCGGUUAUAAUAACUCCUUUAGGCAUAAGAAUCACCACCAGAAGUGGGAUAAGAAGGAGGAGAAACAAGAAAACAGGAACAGUGGACAAUAUAAACAUCAAGUGAAAAAUGUCGAUAGUAAAUGUUAUCGAUGUGGCAUGACUGGGCAUUGGUCGCGUACCUGUCGUACGCCCAAACAUCUUGUUGAGCUUUACCAAGCUUCCCUCAAGGAAAAUGGAAAGAAUAUAGAAACAAAUUUUGUUUCUGAUGAUGAUUUUGACCACAGUCUAAUGCAUAAUGACUCUAUAGACAUGACACAUUUAGAUGUUUCCGAUUUUCUUGAGAACAAUAAUAAUGAAAACUAA